ACAGCUUUAGGUAAAUAUUGUAUUUGAUUUUCCUGAUGCAAUUGCUUUUGGUAGCAUACCCACUUUGCCUGAUGUUAAUUGAACUUGUCAUUCUCUUAGGUGUGUCAAACCGCUUCUUCUUGCGAGAAAUGCAGGAAGUCAAGAGCCGCUGUGACAAGCUUGCUAUUAUUAUUAAUAAGAUCUACAACUGCGUUUGUCCAGUAUUAGAAACUUCACAGGAGAACGACGGGCGAGGUAUGCCGAAACUCCCCAAUUCCUCAUUUGAGGAACUAAGAAAGUGGGAAGAAUUUCUUCAAGAUCAUGAUAAUAAGUUACAUGUAAUCCGUCUUUUGUCAGAUCGCUGCUCAGCUAACAACCUGAGGGAUUCAGUGAACAACAUGCUUCGAUUUUUUCUAUCCAACAAGUUAGCCUGUAGUUUUAACUUAAAAGAAAAGAAUAAGGCUGAUGCCACGAUGACUAAAGUUGCCUUCGAGGGCAGCAGGUCUUGGACUGUUAUUCUAGCUAGUAUGACUGCUUUCAAGAAUUCGGUGGCUAAGUCAGGCGGUUCGCUGCACUACUCCAUUGCACCAGUUGACGUUGGAAACUCCGUUGGAAGAUGGCUGAAAGAUGCUCCGAAGAGAUAUCUGCUCGACUUGAAGUGCGACAAAGCCGUGGGAGCCAGCUGCACUAAAGUUCCACCUGAAAUGCUCUUAGUACCUCCAGAAAACUUCAAACUUGUUUAGGAUUCCACGUUGUUAA